CUGGAAGUCAGCGGCACUAUGGAGGAUGACAGCAGGCCUCUGCUGAGCUCAGAGCAGACCGCAGAGAGCUACUCACACAGAGGCUCCACAGACUCACUGGACGUCAAGGCUAAAAGGCCUUUCCAUGUGGAGCCCAGGAAUAUCGUGGCUGAUGACCCGCAGGAAAGAGUGUCUGCUGAGGCUGCCAUCCUCAACAGCAGAGUCCAUUACUACGGCAGACUGACAGGCUCCUCUGACAGACUGCUCAGUCCUCCAAACCAUGUGAUCCCACGGCCAGAGGAGAUCUACAUCUACAGUCCACUGGGGACGGCCUUUAAGGUGACAGGCAGUGACCAUUCCUCCAGAAACCCCAGCAUCAUCACUAUAUUUGCUAUCUGGAACACGAUGAUGGGCACUUCUAUCCUCAGCAUACCCUGGGCUGGUUUCACCCUGGGGAUCUUCAUCCUCGUCUUCACAGGCCUGCUGAUGCUCUACUGCUGUUACAUCGUCCUCAAAUCACCAAAGGCAAUACCCUACGUGGACACAUCAGACUGGGAGUUCCCUGAUGUCUGUAAGUACUACUUUGGCAAGUUUGGCCAGUGGUCCAGCCUGGUCUUCUCCAUGGUGUCACUUAUUGGAGCCAUGGUGGUUUACUGGGUCCUCAUGUCCAACUUCCUCUUCAACACCGGACAGUUCAUCUACAACUAUGCUCACAAUGUCAACAUGACAGACUCAGAGUUUGGAACCAACGGCUCAGAUAGAGUUAUCUGUCCAUACCCAAACACUGACCCUGGAGGAAACUACACCAUCUGCACACUUAACCUUGAUACCAGCGGGAAUGAUACGUCUGAUGUCAGUUCCUUCAAACACUGGUGGAGUAAAAGCAACACCAUCCCCCUCUACCUCAUCAUCCUGCUGCUGCCACUGCUCUGCUUCCGCUCAGCAUCGUUCUUUGCAAGGUUCACCUUCUUAGGCACCAUAUCAGUGGUCUACCUGAUCGUGUUGGUCACUGUUAAAGCUGUCCGCCUGGGCUUCCAUCUGGAGUUUCACUGGUUUGACACAAGCCAGUUCUUUGUUCCAGAGUUCCGACUGCUCUUCCCUCAGUUCACGGGUGUCCUCACUCUGGCCUUCUUCAUUCACAACUGCAUCAUCACGCUGAUGAAAAGCAACAAGUACCAAGAGAACAAUGUUCGGGACCUGUCUGUGGCUUAUCUUCUAGUAGGCCUGACCUAUCUGUAUGUGGGAGUGUUGAUCUUUGCUGCCUUCCCCUCACCUCCUCUCUCCAAAGACUGCAUUGAACCAAACUUCUUAGAUAACUUCCCCAGCAGUGACGUGAUGGUGUUUGUGGCUCGAACCUUCCUGCUGUUCCAGAUGAUCACUGUCUACCCCCUGCUGGGAUACCUAGUGCGGGUCCAGGUGAUGGGCCAGAUCUUUGGCAAUCAUUACCCCAGUUUCUUCCAUGUUCUGGCACUGAACAUCAUAAUAGUUGGAGCUGGUGUCCUGAUGGCCAAGUUUUAUCCCAAUAUUGGAUCCAUCAUCAGGUUUUCUGGGGCGACAUGCGGCUUGGCUUUAGUGUUUGUCUUCCCUGCGUUAGUCCACAUGAUCUCCCUGAAGAGGCAGGGGCUGCUUCGCUGGCCGUCAGCCAUCUUCCACAGCUUCUUGAUUGUGCUCGGCGUGGCCAACCUGCUGGCUCAGUUCUUAAUGUAGAGAAGCAGCCAGAUACAGACACUGCCAUUCAGAGGCAAGAUUAAAAGGUGUGAUUUCAGAUGGGAUUCUCUGAAAUUAGAUGUAGAAUAAUGGAGUGUAAAACCACACUGUAAGUAUUACCCCACUUAUAUCAUGGCCACCAAAAUAAUGCCCAGAUAAACCACAGACGCCCCACACGGUCAGAUUUAAUGACUGUAUUUAUGGUAUACGAGAUUAGAUGUCACACACUUCCUGUGGUCAGAGUUACUGAUGGGAUUUAUAUGAAGGUUUUAUGUUUCAGGGGAAUAACAGGAAUCCAACGUCUUUGACAGCAAAGUCUUUUUAAUUUCCACAUGCAAUCCAGCCUGUGGUAGUUUUCUGAUAAAAUCCUCCUUAUAGAUCAUUCUCUACAUGAUACUGUUAAUACUCCUGCCUAGAGUGAUCCCAGAGCUGUCCAGCCAAAUCAUUGGAACUGUUUCAUAACUUUAUCAGCAGGCUGGCAAGAACAUUUGGAGUAUGGAGUAUUCACAGUGUGCUAUUGCAGGUUUAAAUUUGUUGUGUGUGAGGCUUUUAUGAUGAUGUAGAGUUGUGUCGAGCUGACACCAUGGAAUCAUUUUACUAACUUUGUGAUUAUGUAAACUGUUUAUAUGUUUUGAGGACAGCUGUGUUAUGUGCAUAUUUUUUGAAGAAACAUUUGGCACAAUCUUUUAAUUUUUACGAACAGGGUUGAUUGGCAUGUUUGACAUGUUUAUGUGAUGCCUAUUUUUAAGAUACUGUGCCUAAUAUGUUGUAUUUUACUAAUGAUAGGAUAGACAAAGGGAAUAUUUACUGAAAAUAAACCAUAUCAGUCUAUAAGAA